UCAAGGCAUGAAGAGACGUCGACGUGGGACGUCCUUAGCCUCACAGUUCAGAAAAGGCAGAGAGAUUCAUGGAACUGUGACUGCCGAACGUCUGUUUCCGGCAGUCUCUUCUCUCUCAGGCCCUCUCAGCACAAACGCAGAAUCAAACCUCUCUCUCCAUCUCUCUCUCUCUCUCUCUACCUUUUUCUUCCUUUUCUCUUUUGGUUUAAGAUAGGCCAACUCGACAGUGUCGUUCUAUGUGAGAUCCCAGGUAUAAUAAUUUAUACCCAAGCUUGAGGAAGAGAGGGCACAGAAGAACACCCUCCUAGAAGCACAUCGAUGCCGAGAUCCACCUCCUACUUGGGAUAUCAAAUUGCUUCAACCGCAAGAUGUAGGAUCUCCUGGUGAAAAGUUUAUAAUUAUACAAGGAUGAGUUCAGAAAAUGCAAAGAUAGAACCAAAUACAGAUUUGGAACUUGGCACAAAUGAUCCUAGCCAUUGCAUUUGGAAGACUUUGAAUAAUGAUUCAGGUGCAGGUGCAAAUGCAUCUUCCAGAUUAGACAUGAAAUUUGUUGCCUCUAACGCUCUAUCUGAACUAGUUUGGUCUCCAGAUAAAGGCUUGAGCCUUAAAUGUGCGGAUUCAAGCUUUGCUGACAAGAAUGCCUCCCUAUUUUGGGAUGUUGGAUCCUGCAAUAUGGUUCUUGCUCCUCCACAGAGUGCCAUUGGGGAGAGCUCUCCAGCUGAUGAACCUGUUGCUGCCACAUGUGUAAAGACUGGUAUUAAUGAUAUAGAUAUAGAUACUCCCAUUGGGCAUCCCACAAGUGAUCCAGGUGUCAAGCCAGAAUAUAAAGCACAUAAAGAACAUGAAACAGGAUUUAUUGGUAAUAUGGAGGGAACAAAAACUGCUGAUGGAGUAUUAAAAUUACAUGAUCAGAAGGAGAACGUAAAGAUUUGCAAUGAAGACAACACUGGGACUGCUCAUAUGUCUCAAAUGAAGGGACAGAAAUCUUCCACAAUCUCAGGUGAGGUUAACAAAAGGUCAUUUGACGUACUAUUACAUCAAGUAGAUGAACUAAAAUCUAGCAUGGAGCAGAAUCCACUGCCAAGGGAUCCUGCUAGUGGGGGCGGAGACAUAGGUAUCAGCAAUCAGGAAAUUGAAACAAAUGAUGAUUUAUGUGCUAAAGAUGAGCUGGUAACUGAAUAUAAGGGUACUGGUGCAGGAACCAAUUCAACUUCUUCCAGCAGAGGUGCCUUGGAAAAACUGGAGUCAACUGCUGAAAAUGAUUCACGAACUUUCAACUGUGAUGCUGCUUGUGGAGCAAGUGGAAAUCUAGCUUCAAAUUCUAGAGAAAUUGAUAAUAAAUCUCAGGACAAUGAAAUGAUACCUCUAUGUGAUACGAAUCUUCCAAUUUUGCAUUCUCCAAGUAAUAGUGAAAUUAAAAUAAUAAACAUCAAAGGCAAGGAAAAGGCCCUUCCUGAUGGUGAUGUAAGAUUAUCGAAGGAGGAUGAGGAAGAGGAUGACAGCCAUGAAAGUGUUGAAAGCUGUAACAGUGCUGGGUUGUUUUUGAAAGGUAAGAGGAGUUGGAACUUACAACAGCAGUUAAUGGUUGGGAGUAAAAGAUUCAAAAAGCAAGUCCAAGAAGCUUCAAGUCCCAAAUACUUUGUCAAACAAGAUAGUUCCUUCAUGAACUGGAUAUCAAACAUGAGGAAAGGAUUUUCGCAAACAAUUCGAGACGAGGUAAACCCUUUGCCUCUCACACUUGAACAUACCAAUCAUGGUCAUCAGCUGCUGAUCCAAAAUUCAUCGCAGGCAAUAAGAAGAACUGUGAUCCAGAGCCAAAAAGUGCUGGCUUCCAAUCCAUUUUUCAGGCCAUAUAUUGCCCCUGGGGAACAAGAAUUGCAAGUGCCAGUCAUCAAGAAAGAGAUAGUUCUGAAGAUCUAUGUAACAAAGAACAUGGAAACCAAGGUUGGACCAAUAAAUGCUGUUAUCAGUCAUGAAAGCAGUAAAAAUGAUUCAGUGGAAAAUAAAAAUUGUUUCAACUUGUUUGUACAACAGAAGUCCUCUUGGAAGUCUAUGGAUAACUCGAUUUUCUCAAAAUCAACAGCCUCUUUGACAAUCUCUGAUCACUCAAAGACUCCCGAACACAAGUUUAAGAAUGAAGACAGUAGAGAGGCUAAAGAGUCACACAGUUGUUGUUCAAUGUAUGGGAAGACUUCAAUUGAUGCUAAGAAUAAUUUAGAUGAUGAUCAUAAAUCAAUUCAUUAUCUCAACCCAGUUUCACCGUCUCCAAAAGUCACAAAUUCAGAGACAAUAGCUUCUGCGUUUGCAAGGAGAUUGGAUGCCACCAAACAUAUCAAUCCAUUGUACAGAACCAGUAGUACCACUCACAUGAACAAGACCUGUAUGUUCUGUGGGACAAGAGGUCACCAACUUCAUGAUUGCUCAGAGAUUGCAGAGAGUGAGCUUGAAGCUCUUCAAAAAAAUAUCAGUUCUUAUGGGAAAUUGGAGGAACUACCAUGCUUAUGCAUUAGAUGCUUUCAGCCCAAUCACUGGGCAAUAUCAUGUCCCACUUCAGUUCAAAUUGGGCAACAUGAUAUGAAAGUCAGUGCUUUAGUCAAUGACUGUAGUCCAAAUGAAACUAAUUUUAAUUCAGGCAAAGAAGAGACUGCUAGACCUCUACCUAGUGAGGUGGACUAUCUGUUGCCUGGAGGUGCUAUAAAUGCUGGAAUUGACCCUGAAGCAAAUCAAAAUCUUGAUUUGAAGCAGUCAUCAAAUGAAAUGAUACCCUCAGAGAAUAUAGGGUCCCGUGUAUUAAUCAAGGAAGUCUUUGGUUCAAGUUCAAUGGAAUGCAGAUUGAAGGGAAGCUCUAUGACAUCUCCAUAUGGCUUCAUUGGGAGGCAGAUUUCGGAUAAAACAAAGAGAAUCUUUGAUGCAGUGAAAAAGCUUCGUUUGUCUCGCACCGAAAUCCUCAAAUGGAUAAACUCUCAUAUGUCUAUAUCAAACCUUGAUGGCUUCUUCUUGCGCUUGCGGCUUGGGAAGUGGGAAGAAGGGCUGUGGAGAUCUGGAUACGUUGUCGCUUCUAUAAAUGAGUCCCAGAGACAGAGUCCUCAGCAGAAAGCCAGAAGAUCUAUCUCCGUGACUGUUGGAGGGAUCAAGUGUAUGGUUGAAAGUCAGUAUAUAUCCAAUCAUGAUUUUCUUGAGGAAGAAAUCAUGGCAUGGUGGGACGCAACCUCAAAAGCUGGCAACAACAUUCCAUCUGAAGAAGAUCUGAUAGAAAAAGUUAAAAAGAAACACACAUUAGGAUUCUAGACAUUUAUUUAUUCAGGCUACCAAUAAGGUAACUAAGAAGACGCCUGAGCUUGUUAUAUUUUUCAUAGUUAUACUAUUUUUUUUUUUUUUACUUUUUUUUUGUUUGAAUAAAAAUUUAUGAUCCAAAUCAGUGUAUAGUAAAUGAAAUUCAGAAUAGAUAGUGUUGCUCACUAUCAUCAAAUAUUUGUGAAUAUCAUCAGCAACAUUCUGUGGGUAAGAAUUGUCUUUAUCUUCUAAAAA